AUGGUCCUAUGGUGGGUCACGGUGGUCGGCGACUUCUGGUUCGCCGUCAGCUGGCUGCUGAACCAGGCGUCCAAGCUCAACCCCAUCCGGCGCGUGCCCAACCUAGAGAUCCUCAACCAACACGUUGAUCUUCCCACUCCCAGCGGCGGUGGCAGCUCCGGCCAGCUCCCGGGCGUCGACGUGGCGCUGCUCGAGACCGCGAGGUUCGCUGCGCUGUGGACGCCGUUCUGCCGGAAGCACCGAGUCGAGCCGAGGGCACCCGAGAGCUACUUCGCGGCAAAGGCGGACGCGCCGUACGCUGGUGACGCGCCGGGGGAGUUCGUCGGCGACCGUCGGCGCGUUCGCCAGGAGUACGAGGAGUUCAAGGCUCGGGUGCAAGCGCUGUUCACCGACAUUCCACACAGGUCGCCGGAGGCGAACCACCGUGACGACGCGAAACGAGGUGGUGACCAUGCGACGUACAUGGUCGAUGGGACGCAUUGGCCUGGCACUUGGACCGAGCCGGUUGAAAACCACAAGAAAGGACAGCACGCCGCCAUUGUUCAGGUUAUUUUGAACCAUCCCGGCGACGAGCCUCAGCUUGGCACGCCGGCGAGCUCCUCCAGCCCCCUCGACUUUAGCGCCGUCGACGUGCGCCUCCCGAUGCUGGUGUACAUCGCGCGGGAAAAGCGCCCGGGGUACGACCACCAGAAGAAGGCGGGCGCCAUGAACGUGCAGCUGCGCGUCUCGGCGCUGCUCUCCAACGCGCCCUUCAUCAUCAACUUCGACUGCGACCACUACAUCAACAACUCGGGUGCGUUCCGCGCCGCCUUGUGCUUCAUGCUCGACCGCCGCCACGGCGACGACACCGCCUUCGUCCAGUUCCCGCAGCGCUUCGACGACGUCGACCCCACGGAUCGGUACUGCAACCACAACCGCGUCUUCUUCGACGCCACCUCCCUCGGCCUCAACGGCAUCCAGGGGCCAUCCUACGUCGGCACCGGCUGCAUGUUCCGGCGCGUCGCGCUCUACGGCGCCGACCCGCCCCGGUGGCUGCCCGACGGCGCCUCCAAGCUCCUGGACAACCCCCACAGACAGUUCGGCAACUCCAUGCCGUUCAUCAACUCUGUGACACUGGCCGCGCACCAGGAACGGCCCCUCACGCCGCCAGCGUCGCUCGACGACGAUCGGCUCGUGGCGGAGUUGGCCGACGUCGCGACCUGCGUGUACGAGAACGAGACGGAGUGGGGCAACGGCGUCGGGUGGGUGUACAACAUCGCGACGGAGGACGUGGUGACCGGCUUCCGGGUGCACCGCAAGGGGUGGCGGUCCAUGUACUGCGCCAUAGAGCCUGACGCGUUCCGCGGCACGGCGCUGAUCAACCUCACGGAGCGCCUCCACCAGAUCCUGCGCUGGUCGGGGGGCUCCCUGGACAUGUUCUUCUCCCGCAACUCCCCGCUCCUAGCCGGCCGGCGGCUCCACCCGAUGCAGCGCGCCGCCUACACCAACAUGACAACCUACCCGAUCUCGGCGGCUUUCAUCUUCGUCUACGACCUUCUCCCGCUGAUGUGGCUCUCCGGCGACGGCGAGUUCUACAUACAGAAGCCGUUCCAGACCUACGCGUUGUACCUGUUCGUCGCCAUCGCCAUGAUGGAGGUGUGCGGCAUGGUGGAGAUCAAGUGGGCGGGGCUCACGCUGCUGGACUGGUGCCGCAAUGAGAAGUUCUACAUGAUCGGCGCGACGGGCGUGUACCCGGCGGCGGUGCUGCACAGCCUGCUCAGGCUCGUCGGCCUCAAGGGCCUGCCGUUCAAGCUGACGUCGAAGCCGGUGUCCGCGAGCGGCGGCGCCGCCGCGAGGGAGAGGUUCGCGGAGCUGUACCAAGUGCAUUGGGUGCCGCUGCUGAUGCCGACCGUGCUGGUGAUCGCCGUGAACGUCGCCGCCAUCGGCGUGGCGGUUGGGAGGGAGGCCGCCUUCGGGUGGUCAUUCGCGCAGGUCGCCGGCGCGGCGAGCGGGCUGCUGUUCAACGUGUGGGUCCUGCUGCUGCUGUACCCGUUCGCGCUCGGGAUCAUGGGGCGUUGGAGCAAGAGGCCCUACCUUCUCUUCGUCCUGCUCGUAGCCGUGCUCAUUAUCAUCGCGUUCGCCUACGUCGCGGUCCUGGCGGUAGUUGCUCCAGAUUCCGUGGCGGCGCUCUGGCUGGGAGGAUGGCCAGGCAUAGGCGCCAUAUCUCCGGUGAGCUGGUCGGUUUAG